AUGGCUGAGUUGGCCAAUCUGGGAGGCACUGCCUUCGUGGCAUUGCCGUCGUCUACAGCCACCAGUCUGCGUGCCACAGGGCACUCGGGGCAUUCCGCUGCCAGCUCAUCGGCGUCUCAGGGCCCGCGAGCUGCGGCGGCUGCUACAGUGGCAGGGCUCGCUGCCUUGGCAUCGCAGGGCUCCCGCAGGUCGCGAAGGACGGCCCUGAAGGGUGCUGCCACGGAACUUCCCACCGUGGACCGGGCAAGUGAGACCGUCGUCAAAGGCCUUAACACCAUAUUUAGAAAGGGCAGUUUGAGGCCCAUGGUGGCUGCCGAUCCUCCCAGAGUAGUCUCGUCGGCAGAGGUGCUUCCCGCGCUCCGAACUGCCGGGGCUUGCAUCCUGGAAGGGGCAGGCAGCUCCAGGGAAAGGGCCGCGGCGCUGCCUGGAGAAAUCUUCGGCGCAGUUCUCGCGGCGGCACCGGAACCCGCGGAGGUCUCGGAGAAAACCCUGGGACCUCGUGGCAUCCGCAAGGAUGACGCCUUCCGAGCGCACACUGACGGCCAUGCCUACGGGGACCUCUUCCCGGACUACUUCCUUUUGCUUUGCGCGCAUGCCAGCUCGAAGGGAGGUGGUAACUUUGUCAUCGAUGGCUACCAACUCCUUGAUGGAUUGGCGGAGGAUGCUGAGAACUCUUGGGUAGUGAAGGCACUGGAGGAAAGGGCCGUUGAUCAGACUUCCCGACUGCCCAGUAUUUCGCCCGUCGUUCUGCGAGCACCUGACGGGCGGCGAGCCCUUCGGUGUCGCUUGUCUGGUCCGCCGGCAGCUUUUGCAGCACAGAGGGUGAGCCAUGAUUCCGACGACCCGGAGAAAGAUGCACGCAUGUUGGCGAUUUACCAUCAAGCGGUAGAGCAAGCAGCGGAAGCAGCCGACAGGAUCUACUUGCGGCCAGGUGAUGCCCUGGUGGUGGACAACUACCGCAUGUUCCACGGCCGUGAUCCUUACGUAGAUCCGGAUCGCUUGUUGUGGCGCUGCUGGAUCUGGACCACAGCUGCAAGGGGCGUCCCAGACACCGAACUGCACUCCACACCCGGCAACACGGCGGGGGAAGUGCGCCCCGACGAGGCACCCUCGAAAAGGCAGAGGCUGGAGAAGGCGGAGGCCACCACGAAGCAAUGGAGGCGAGACUUGAUGAGGUCCGACCAGUACUACAAGUUUGGCAGGACCCAGAUGGAGAAUGCCAUGAAUCAGCUGCAGGAGGUCAGUGGCAGCGAGCUGCUGACCAAGAUUCGGCAGAAUGGCUUCCGCCUGACUGUCGGCGACAUCACCUUCGUGUUGGCGGAGUCCUAUGGCUUCUGCUGGGGCGUGGAGCGAGCGGUCGCCAUGGCCUACGAGGCUCGAGAUUUUUUCCCAGACAAGAACAUUUGGGUGACGAAUGAGAUCAUUCACAAUCCGUCGGUGAACCAGAAUCUCUCCGAUAAAGGGAUGCGCUUCGUGGAGACAACGAAGGAUGGGGGCAAGGAUUAUUCAGCCGUGGAGGAGGGGGAUGUUGUCAUUCUGCCCGCCUUCGGUGCGUCCGUCGAUGAGAUGGCACUGCUUAAAGAGCGCAAUGUUCAGAUCGUGGACACCACCUGCCCAUGGGUUUCCAAGGUCUGGGCUUCAGUCGAGCGCAGCAAGGACAAGGAUCAUACUGCCAUCAUCCACGGCAAGUACGACCACGAGGAGACUGUGGCCACCAAGUCCUUCGCGUCGAAGUACAUCGUCCUGAAGAACAUGGCAGAAGCGGAGUACAUUGCAGCCUACGUGCUGGGAGAGGGCAACAAGGAGGAGUUCAUGGCCAAGUUCAGCAAGGCCAUGAGCCCGGGCUUCGACCCGGAUGUGGACCUGGAUCGGGUCGGUGUGGCCAAUCAGACCACAAUGCUCAAGGGCGAAACCGAGCUCAUCGGCAAGCUCUUCGAGCGGACCCUCAUCAAGAAGUACGGCCCGCAAAACAUCAACGAACACUUCAUGUCCUUCAACACCAUCUGCGACGCCACUCAGGAGAGGCAAGAUGCCAUGUACAAGAUGUUCGGCGCUGAGUACGAGACUUGGAUGCACACUCCUGGCGCCUCCGCGAUCCUGCGCGUCUCUGAGUGUUUGCGCAUCGACCUGAGGCGAUCACACGGUCGAGCCAGAACUAGCCGGCAAGAGCGAGCCUUGGUGAGCCCAGUGUUCCCACGAAAGGAGAUGCCGCUUGUGCAGCACGCUCGUCGGCGCUGCUGCAGCACGGCGCCCGCGAGCGUCCCGGAGGGUGUGAGUCAAAGUCGGGCCGUCGACGAGAGCCUCUAUGGCGCUGGCUUCGCACCCAUUUGCAAGGACCCGGCCGACUUCCUUCCAGAGAGGGAGAUGUGGGCCUGGUGCGACUUCUACGGGAACGGUGCCGUGAUGCCAGACGAGACGACCUGCAAUGAUCAAGAGGGUUGUUAUGGUGGAACGGGCUGGUGCCACUGUGAGGGCAAGGAGGGUUGCCUGGCCGUGGGUGGCUACUGGUUCGCCCAAACCUGCACGAUGGAGGUGGAGAUGUUCAGUCAAGAACAGCGCGAGAUGUUGCACCUGGCCGACUCCAGCGGCAGUUGCCUGGACCUGGAGGUGGGAGACCACGUGGUGUAG